AUGCCACCCAAAUCAAAACAUGAAUUCUCAUUCCCACCUCCCGGUUGGCCUUCAAAUACUGUCCCAACUUCAUCACGUAAAUCGACAAACCAUGUUCAACCUUAUCCACCUCCUCCACUACCUAUCAACAUCCAUAUGGUUCAACCACAUCCAACAAAUUUCAUACCUCAACCUGGAUAUCCACCUCAACCCCUCUUUGUCGGCGGACAUCAUCCUCAUCCGCAAUUCAUACCUCCUCAUCUCACUGGCAACUUUCAUCCCGUACCUUUGCCGCCUCAUCCCGAUACUUCUUAUCGUGCUCAUCCCCCUCAAACAGCUUAUCAACCCGUGUCAGCGCCGUCCUACCGUCCCUCAACAACGUAUCCUCAAUCGACCCCUACCCGAUCCUCCAACGCCUAUUCGAAUUCUAUGAAUUACUCUUCUCGUCAGAAUGGUACGGUCCCACCUCCCUCUCGUGCCCCUUACACAGCCCAAGCACAACCUCAACCUCAACCUCAACCUGCAAUAUACUAUCAUCCCCAAUCUUAUCCUCCUGGGGUAUUACCUUAUUUCUCCGCACCACCUGGACAAAAGACAUAUGACGUUACGCUCUCUACGCCACCUACGAGUCAGGCGUUAUAUACCACCUAUCCAUCUAGGAUCAGAACAGGUAUAACCAGCUUGGUCCAACCUGAACAUAUCACUGGUGGGCCAAAGGAACGAGAAGCGUUUUAUGCCGAACAAGAAAAGGAAUUAUUCAAUUCUCACAGGGGAGGUUCGGGAACUUCUACACCGAGAUAUGAUUCGCCCUUACCCUCCAGAUCUGGUGCUGUAGGGGUUGGCUCGACGAGAAGAGGAGGAAGAGGAAGAGUGAAUUAUGCUGAAGAAGGUUCGGACGAUGAUGAAGAAGAUGACGAUGAAGAUGAUGAAGAGGAAUUAUCGGAGAUGGAGGAGCCUCCAUCAGAUCCUGAAGAUGAUAAUUAUGGAUCGAGACGGAGACCAGGAACGACUAGACAUUCUUCUUCGAGGAGAGAUACCUACAAUACCUACGGUGGUGGGUAUGAUAGUCAGUCGAUGGCUAGGGCGAAUAAGGCGAAGAGGAAAAGAGAAGAAAUGGAUAAAGGAUGGAGUUGGCUUGGGGAUAGGACACCAGCUGAAAGAGUUAGGAGCGCUAAGGCCAGAGUAACAAAACAUAAUUAUGUAUCCGAAGAGUUGUUAGAGAAAGAAGCGGAUAGACCAGAAUUAUUGGUACCUAUAACGAUAGAUUUGGAUAUACCGAGUCAUGAUCCGAAUAGUCAAGGGAUAAGGAUAAAAGAUAGAUUCUUAUGGAAUAUCAAUGAACCAUUCAUCGAACCUAUUCAAUUCGCUCAGACAUUCUGCGACGAUCUUUCCAUACCCCACACUUACGCCGCGACGAUAUCGGAACUUAUCAAGAACCAAUUGGAAGAAUCUCAAAAUACAGUAGAGAUUGAUAUUUCCAAUGAAGAUGUAACGGAAGAUGAUGUGGUUUGGUCCGAAGAUGACGAAGAUACUGGGAAUGGGCAAAAGGAGUUAGACGGAGCGGAAACGCCUUUGAAUGGUGAUAUCCCUCACGUCAACGGGAAUGGAGAUGUGGAGAAGGAAGUUAACGGCGAUGAGGAGAAAGGACAGGAACAAGAAGAUGUUGAAGAGCAGGAACAAGAAGUGGAGCAGGAGAAGGAGAAGGUGUGGGAAGAAGCUGAUUGUAGGAUUAUUGUGAAUCUUGACGUACAGAUAUACACUCACAUCUUACGAGAUCGUAUCGAAUGGGAUCUUUCAUCCACCUUACCUCCAGUAGUGUUCGUCAAGCAGUAUGUCAAAGAAUUAGGUCUGACAGGUGAAGCUGUACCUCUUAUCACAUGGGCUAUCCAUGAAGAACUUCUGAAACAUAAGAAAGACGCAUUGGAACUGGAGCUUUUCAACCAGACUCAUCCGGAAGAACAAAUCAAAUUUGAUAAAUCGGGGAUUCAUCCACGUACCAACCUUUCUUCUUCUUCCAGACGUGGUGGGCACGCUGGUCAAGGAGCGAAGGGCUUGGUGGGCGUAUGGAGAGACUGGUUUGAAAGAGAGGAAUAUCAACCUGUGUUGAUCGAGUUGAGCUUUGAUGAGAUUAUUCAGAGAGAACAAGAGAGAUUGAGAGAAUCGAGGAGAGUAAUGAGAACUUUGACUACUGGAAGUAAAAGAAGGAGGAUAUAG